AUGACGGAAGUUGAGCAACGAUGCUUCAAGAUUGCCUUCCCUCUGCCCAUUUCACUUCCUCCCCACUCCGCACGAUUCCACGCUCUCGCUUUACAGAGGGACAAUGAGCUGAAUUGUGGAACCAACAUGGACUGCAUCGAGCGACUCCCGCGUCCGACGGCGCUGCGCCUGCGCUCGUCCGUCGUCGUCGCUUCGAUCCCGCAAGUUCUGAACGAGCUGGUGCAGAACGCCCUCGAUGCCGGGGCAGUGCGAAUAGAAUGCUGGCUGGAUUUGAGCCGGGGCAACGAGAGUAUUCGGGUAGAGGACGAUGGCCAUGGCCUUGACCUCGAAGAUCUGCGCUCGAUAGGCGAGCGGAAUAGUAGGUAUUGCAAUUCCGCUACGGCUGACCUGCCAGUGACGAGCAAGGAGAACCACGGUUUCGGGGCUCUAAGCACGUAUGGCUUCCGUGGCGAGGCACUCGCUUCCAUUUCAACAAUGGGCUUGAUCGACAUUACGUCUCAGGUCGCCGAGGAAUACACAGUUACCAAGAUCCUUAAGAGCGGCGAAGCACUGUAUCUCGGCCCAGCGAAGCGGGAGCUGGGCCGCGCGCGCGGCACGAACGUCACUGUCCGCGACCUCUUCCACGGAGUGCCGGUGAGACAGGCCGAACUUGCCGCUGCAUCGUCUUCCUCCGUCCUCGCUUCGUGCAAGAAGGUCAUCGAGUCGCUCGCACUUGUGCAUCCACACGUGCGUUGGAUUCUGUGGGCGAGCGGAUCGCGCGGUAUGCGCAAGGUCUUGUCGCUGCAGGGGUGCAGCAGUACGCUCGAAGCAUUCAAGGAGCUGUACGGUGCCGCCGGCGUCGAAAAGGUACAGCAUGUGAGCACCUCUGCGGGCCCGCGACGCAUCGAUGGCUUUAUCAGUCUCGAGGGCGCCGUGACGCGCGCACAUCAGCACCUCUUCAUCAACGGAUACCCGAUCGAAAACUCGGCGCUGCACCAGCUCAUCUCGAAGCGCUUCGCCAAGAGCCCAUUCGGCUCCAUGGCUAGCGACCUCAUGGACGACGCGCUGAUGGGCGGCAAACGUCCCUCGCCGAGGCGACUGGAGCGAUACCCCGUCUACGUUCUGAACCUGACGCUGCCAGCCGAUGAGGUUGACGCCUCAUACGAGCCGCGCAAGGUGACGUUCGGGUAUCAUGACUUUGACAGCGUGCAAACGUUUCUGCUCAGUGUCGUAGAGCAUUUCCUGUCCGAGAACGGGUUCGUAGGCGUUGACGUGCAGCGGGAAGCGACAACAGCCUCGCCGACCCCGCGAUCCGUCGCUGCUUGGUCUACUCGGUCGGGGAAGCGUGCACAUCCCAGAAGUGCGUCACCGACACCCACUCGGAACGUUCGCCGCUCUGCUUCACGUGCACCUGAGGAGAGCCUAAACCGUCUUUACGAGGAGCGCAUCAAGUCUGUUGAGGCUGCACUGCACCCAGCAACCCAGCCAGAGGAGCCAGAACCCGAAGCACCUUCCGCGCGUAACCUCGUACAGGACCUCAUAGCGACUACAGACGACGGCGUCCUUCGCAUCGGGCGCGCUGGCACCACAGUCGGCGAUGACGAGCAGGAAGAUCCCACGACCCUAACCAAGACACUACCGGGGCCAGAUGUGGACAUCUCGUUCUCGAACGCUUCCCUGCAGAACGCCAGUGUGUUGCGUCAAGUCGACAAGAAGUUCAUCCCCUGCGUCCUUGAGGCAGAGGGCCGCAAGACACUCGCCAUCUUCGACCAGCACGCGGCUGACGAGCGCGCAUCGCUUGAGAUGAUUCUGGAGAGUUUUUGCAAGUCCUUCGCAGAGGACACGAUGCCCACAACGGCCCUUGAAGAAGGGACCGUGCGUGUGGUGCUGUCGAGGCAGGAAGUGGAGUACCUCGAGACCCCUGGUGUUCGACCACUUCUUCACCGCUGGGGCAUACGCUUGGGACUGGCGCAGCCUGAAGGAGACUACGCACAGGUGAACGUGUACGCUGUGCCAGAGAUGCUGGAUCGUCUCGCCCGCAAGCAGGCCACGGAACUGACGAGGUUGUUGCGACUGUACCUGCCAGACGCUGCAGACGGUAUCGGCGAGAUCCAGGCUCUGACGGCGGCGCUGGAUACCAACAGCGAAAGCGCGAAGAGCAAUGGCUGGAAAGGAGUCAUGCGCUGGAUGCCGCGCGAGAUGCUCGAGCUCGCCAAGUCGAAAGCCUGUCGCGGCGCGGUCAUGUUCGAGGACGCGCUUAAUCAGGACCAAUGUGAGCGCCUCGUCUCCCGGCUCGCAAGCACACGCAACCCGUGGGCGUGUGCACACGGCCGGCCAACCGUAGUGCCCCUGUGCGUCAUCGAUGGCGCCGAGUCGAGCCACAGACCCAUCGACUGGACGAAGGUCGCGGCAGGAAACUAG